AUGCUGAACGUCUGGUGGGGAGUUCAAGGAAUCUACCGUUUCGAACUUCUGUCGGACAACACGACAAUUACUGCCGAGGUCUACUGCGCUCAACUGCAAAGACUGGCCGACAAGAUCCGCAAGGAGCACCCGAACCUCGACAACCAUCACCUGGAAAAGAAGCGCUACGAUGAUCGUGACCACCUCGAAAAUGACCUUCGGGCUUUCUUCGCCUCCAAGUCGCCGGAGUUCUACGCCGAAGGAAUCCGUAGUCUUGUGAGACGUUGGCAGAAGGUUGUCGAUGUUGAUGGAGAUUAUUUCGUCGAAUAA